UCGCAACCACCCUCCCAGUCAGUCACCUCAAGUACGGCCGAGCGGCUGGAGCGAAGGCAAACAAACAGAUCCAGAGGAUCCGGAGCGACCCUCGACUGUCGUGUUUUGGGCUCAAGUAAAAGAGACCGGGGCAGAAGAGGAGAAUGGGACGCUUGGAUCGAGAUUGAGUCUGGCUGGCACACCGAAAGCUCCUCCGGCUCGUUUCUAAGUCCUUUUUUUUUUUUUUUUUUUUUUUUUUUUUCCUGCCAGAGUCACCGUGUUUUCACCGCUGACACAAUGGGCUGCUGCAGCGGACGAUGCACUCUCAUCUUUAUUUGCACUUUACAGUUGGUAUUGGCUUUAGAAAGACAGGUCUUUGACUUCCUUGGUUACCAGUGGGCCCCCAUCCUGGCCAACUUCUUCCACAUCAUCGUCGUUAUCCUCGGCCUGUUUGGCACCAUCCAGUAUCGGCCACGCUACAUUGUUGUGUACACAGUAUGGGCCGCGAUCUGGGUAGCCUGGAACGUCUUCAUCAUCUGUUUCUACCUGGAAGUAGGAGGCCUGUCCAAGGACAGUGACCUGCUAACAUUUAACAUCUCAGCCCAUCACUCCUGGUGGAGCGAACACGGCCCCGGCUGUGUGCGGAGAGAGAUGCCACAGGCUCCUGGGGUCCGCACCACAGAGAGCCACUCCUACAUCACUGUCAUGGGCUGCCUCAUGGACUACCAGUACAUCGAGGUCAUGCACAGUGGGACACAGAUUCUUGUUGCUCUCCUUGGUUUUGUGUACGCCUGCUAUGUUGUCAGUGCUAUCACUGAGGAGGAGGACAGCUUUGAUUUUAUUGGAGGAUUUGACCCAUUCCCACUCUACCAUGUCAAUGAGAAAUCAUCUCAUCUCCUCUUAAAGCCCAUGUACCCGUCUACGUAAAUAGGAGAACAUCCAGCGGGGAGGUGAUGCAGCAAAUUCCUGCAGAGACAAAAUGGUUGCUUUGACACAAACAUCCCAGUGCGCUUCAGCGUGCGAGAUGUUCCUCCCUUUCUUGAUUUCAGUACUUUAAACAUGUAAUUUGCUGGUGUACUGCCCAGAAAAAACAACAUUUCUCUGUAAGGGUCCAUCGUGAUGGGUUUAGGGAGCUGGGGAACUGCAGUGUAACAAAGCAUGUAUUUAGGGGUAUUUGUGUAUUUAGGAAAACAUCAGUCAUUUUGUUUGUGUUGACUUUUCUGCUGAGGUCUCACCACUGUAAACCUGCCCACAAUGGGCUUAUUACCCCCCCAGACUGUGACUGUAUAGAUCAUGUACAGCUAAUAAAUACAUUGUGGAUGUAAUCAGGGACUGCCCAUCAUUGCCAGUCUCUGGCAUUGUGUCUUAGAGGACUCAGUGAUUUAGCAUAUUAUUGCUGGUUUGGCUCAAAUCUUAGCCGGAGGGCUGAAUUACAGUGGAGCCUGUGGAAUGAGCUAUUGUGUGCUGUCUGUUUACUUUAGGCCAGGAUGUGUGUGCAUAAAUACAGAAGCAGUACAGGAAGAGACGGGAGUGUAGAAGUAGAGGUAGAGGGCGGGCAGGGAACAAAAGCACCAAACCUACAGGGGCAUCCGUCAAAAAUAGAAAAUGUAAAUAAUGAAAGUGGGAGGGUAAGAUUUUUUUUUUUUUUUUUUUUUUGGGAUUUUGAAAAUGUGAACUAUCAAGAAUGCAAAAUAGCGUGAGCCUGCAAGAGGCAUUCAAACACAAAGGAUGGCAUGCAAGUCUUAGUUUUAUUUCUGGAGUCUUAUUAUUGUGACUAUUUUCACCAACAACAAAGUCUGUGUUUCUGAAGUGUCAGGUGUUUGUGCUAGAUGAUAUGCUGAAAGCUUUGUUUUCACAUCAGUCCUCCUCUGACUACUGAUAGAUCUGGCAAGGGUGAUCAUUACACACACUCAAACAAAGGUUACAUAGCAUAUUUUUAACUUGAACAAAACAAUAGAAGUUGAUUCAUAUUGUUCAUAUUGCGCACAACAGUGCUGAGAUGCUUGGGUAUGGUCUUCAGUGUAGAAGUAGCAUGACCUAUACCUGAAUAGAUCAGAAUGUUUUCUCCUGUCACUUCAGCAGUUUAAAUGAUCAGUAUUAAUAGUUGCAGUUGUGAUUGUUUGAUAGCAUGUUGUAUUUUUUCUUUUAAACACAAUUUGUAUUGUAAUUAUGUGCAUAACAUAUUAAGUAAUAAGUAAAUAGCAAAACCUGUGUCUUUAACUGGCUUUAUAUGAGCUGGUUAAUUGGUAACUGCAAGUUUGAACUGAGUUUUGCCAUACUUGGAUUUCUUUUAUUCUGACCCAGAGACAUGACAACCUUUUCUAGGCAAAUGAAAAAGUUCAUAUCUCCCAGACUGAUUGGUAGCGCUUCUUUUGUUCAUGUUAGCAUCGUCAGGAAUAAGUCAGAUAUUCAGUCAGAGGUUCGGGCCUUACUGUUUGUGUGGAUCACUACUGCCCUCUGGUGUUCAAAGUGUCCAUGUGCAAAUUUCAAGGCUACUGAGUUUCUGCUGCAUGCCUGAUCUUCCAUAAAUCUCCAUGUGUUUUUCAGCACUUUCCCUGGCCAGGAUUUGUUUCUUACUCUGUGUUUUCAUAGUUGUAUUGCCUACGUCAUGUACAUUGGGAUUUGCUCAAUUUGACAGUAAUUACAUUGUGUUGUUUGGUUGCAAUAGUUCUUGGCUAAUAGUCUGAAACUGGCCACUUAGCUUGUUUUCUGGGGAAGGUUUAUUUUUAGUUGUUUCUGUUUUCAGCACCUUCAACUAUUGAGUGUGUGUGAGAUUCCUCUGUGAUCUUAGAUGUUCUCUACUGCCAGGUAGUUUUCAAACUAUUGUGAUUUUGAAAAUGAUCUGAAUACCGUUUUGGUUCAGUCGAUCAACUCGUGUCUGAGAGAUGCAAUAAUUUUUGUCAUCACUAUCUUUAUAAUUUAAAGUUUACUGACUCCUGGGAAGCCAACUAGUGUGUGGGUUAGUAAAAACACAAAGCACCUCAUAUUGUAACAUAAUCAGUAUUGGUAGGAAAAUUCUACUAAAAUCUUAAUGUAAAAACAGGUCUUCCUCUCAGUGCAAUACAACCUUUUUCCUAAACUUGGUGACUGGUAUUAGUUGAAACCUAUUAUGGUUGUGUGCAUUUCCACUGAAAAGAGUCUAUCUCUUUGCAGAUACUUUUUGCUUUUAUAGAAAGUGGAAAUGAUUUUUUUCUCCCUCUCCUGUUUUGCGUCCGGUGUUCCUCCAACCUGAUGUGACCUGAUUGUGUAUUCCUAUUUAUCCAUCACUGUGCUUCGUGCUCAUGUAAAUAUGUGUUUGUUAAUAAAAGAAUGUGCUCUUUUGAUGA